UUCCGGCGUAAUUUCACAUCGUUAUAUUUCUCCGUUGUGUGUGUGCACUUAGCACUGUAUAUUACUGUUGCAGGUCUGCUGUGGAUCACCUCUAUUACUCUACUUUUAAUCAUGUCGUUUAAAUACUUGCUGUCUCCUUGCUGUGUAGCCGUUAUAUUGUUAUAUGUCUAAUCUCUCUGUUGUAGUUUACUCAUGUACAAGAAAUUUCACUUCUAUUGAACUUCUCGAAUUCACCGUACUUACGUCAGACAACAACCGUAAAUACAUUUCGCAUUCUAUCCGCUUCUUCUUGUCGAAUACAUCUGCGAGGCCGGCAGUCGCAGGCAUGAGCACCUCGAAAGCAAGAAUUGAAUCGGUGGAAAAGGCGUUUCACAAUCUGUUUAGUUCUGGCACAUCUCUUGCGAAGAUUAAGGAUGCCUCUUUAGCGGACCGUUUAUUUCCAUUCUCUGACGAUGUUCUGGAGGUUCCUGGGCGGAGCAUUGCAUGGAAGCUCUUCCUUGUACAAAGCGAACCCCUCAAAGCAUUAAUCGAGGCAGAUUCUUCUCCAUUGCUUGAUUCUUUGCGUGAAACUCGAAGGCAGUAUGCGGCGUUGUUACUGGAGAAGAUGCGAGCACCGGAUGGAAGCUAUGAAGACGGAUUCGCCCUACCGGGGUCACUACCAUCGCCAAAGCGUGAAUCUAGGCUGGAAGUCAACCUGGAUAGGAAUAACCCUCUAAGUUUACAUACAGAAAAUCCUUGGACAGAGUGGUUUGCUUCCGUCGAACUGCGGAAAACGAUUUUACAAGACGUUGAGCGAACGUUUCCCGAAAUUGAUUUCUUUCGACUUCCAGAUGUGCAAGCUCAGCUAACUAAUAUUCUCUUUAUCUACUCUGUCAUGCAUCCAACCAUAGGCUAUCGACAAGGUAUGCACGAGUUACUGGCACCGCUAUAUUACGCUGUCGAAUACGAUUCAAUAUCCGAAGACGAUCAGGAAUACGUUCACGAUUUCAAAGUACACGAAAUGUGUUCUAAGCCCUGGGUUGCAGCCGAUGCUUGGUGUCUCUUCGACGCAGUCAUGCAAUCUACCUCUCGAUGGUAUGAGUGGCAAGAGCCCCCCGUCGACGCGAAAGGACGAUCCCCACUACCCUCUCAUGUCCUUUUACAUAUUCCCGAAGGAGCUGUCGAUCUAAAACCCUACGUACCACCCAUUGUUCAGACGUGCAACAACAUACAAGCGAAUUUCCUACGGACAACGGAUCCACAUCUAUGGCAGCGGCUCCAAACAACCGGCAUAGAACCACAAAUUUACGGAAUUCGGUGGCUGAGGCUUUUGUUUACACGGGAAUUUAGUCUCCCAGAUGCAAUGAAAUUAUGGGAUGCCCUCUUCGCGUGUGAUCCAUCCUUUGAUCUGGCUCCAUGGAUCUGUGUUGCAAUGUUAAUACGUAUCCGCAAUGAAUUGUUGCCAUCCGAUUACUCCACCCAGCUUACUGUCCUAUUACGCUAUCCGUCAGUGUUACGCUCAUUCGAAUAUGGCUCCCCAGUGCAUCCAACAAGCUUGUUAGUACGGCAGGCACUGGCUUUACAAAUGUCCCCAACACCUUCUACUGGUGUUCUAUUGGUGUCUGAAAAUCGCAACCUCUUGAAUAUCGCGAUAGACGUACCAGAAACACCGCCCGCUCCUCGCAGGCGGUCUACUCGAAAUAGACCACUUUCAACUUCGGUGGCCUCUGGGAAUGGCAAUGUGGCUCAAGGACACGUCCGACAGCAAUCGUCUCAAAAUUUAGGGUUUCCUGAGAUGCUUGCUCGUGGAAUCCUAGAAAGAGGCGAAAGCUUGGGGAUCAAUAAGACUCUAAUGAGUGCUGUGUCAGAACUAAAGCGCAACAUUCCUGAAAUUGCUUCAUCGCUCAUGCGCGCGCCGGCCAAUGCAUACCAAAUGACUGAUGAGAAUAUAGGGGAACGGCCACCUGGGGAGCAUCGGUCACGGCUUGAGAUGGAAAAAGAAUUAUCCGAACUUCAUAUGGUGAACAAGAAACUCGGCGAUUCUUUGGGAUGGAUUGUCGAUGUUCUACUUCAGGAUGAAGAUCAGACGAACGCAGAGCGCCUAAAAAAGCAGCGACGGCAAGCCAUCGAGUCCCUUUCGUAUGUCAGAGAUAUUCUGAUCAGCCAGUCAACGGAUAUUGAAGAGGAGAGGCUGUACAGUGAAGAGCAGAUUGCCAACCGGAGACAGGAGAAGACAAAGCAGGCUGAUGCUGUUGAGGUUCUCCAACCAAAGAUACCUACACCAGUUAAACCCAACCCUGCUAGAGGGAAAGGGUCGCGCCCUUUGCCGGUUGCCAGUAUGCCGCCAGCUGGACCUAUGUCGUCAUCUUUGAGCCAGAACACCAACCCUGCCCGGCUAGCACCUUGGAACUAUACCCGGUCAAACUUUUCGUCUACUUCCUCUUUACCCGAGACGUUAUUGCCUCGACCUCCACCCCCCACUUCAACGACAAUACCGAGAUCGGCACUUGACGGUCGACGAGAUAAGGCGUCCGAAGUGUUGCAAGAUCCGUUGGGGGCGUUGCAUUGACGAAAACACUGUGAUAUUGGAUCGAAGUAACAAUAGUGUAGGAUAAUUUAGAACUUUGUAGACUUACCAUAUACAUUUGUCUUACGCAGGCAGGUGGCU